AUGGUUUUGCAUAACGAUAAGUGGAAGUGGAAGAAUAAACGCAAACAUUUGAAAAAGGUGGGUGAGGCGCAACAGGAUGGUAGCUCAAGUGAAGAUACAAGCGGUGACGAGCUGAUCACUAACGAAUGGCGGUUUGAGGAGCUGAGGCCUAUUCAACAUCCUAAAGAUGAGGAACAGAUAGCAUUAGAGCGAGAGCAGAGACAGAUCGAGUUGGAGCAGGACGAGGCCAACACGCGACUUGUUUUGAGUAAACUCAAGCUAUCAGCGCCUGAAAUCAGCAAAUCAAGCCAACACAAGGACGCCAAGAAGAUGUCCAAGCAGGAGCUGCUAGACUGGAGUGUGGGGCAACAGAGCGAACCUGAACCUGAUCUAGCAGCUCAAAGCAUUCGCACACUUAGCGAAGACGAAAAAGCUCGGUUCUACGAGCUGCAGAAGCGCAUCGAGCGGCAGAAAUUGGUGACGUCGAUGAAAAAGAAGUUUGCCACCACAGGAGGAAGAAAGGUGCUGGAGGUCGCGAAAGUAGACGACGACAACUACAAGGCUGUGAAUGCGCAAAAGCUCGAAGAGUCGGCGAAGAAGCCCAAGGAGGGCGAGUUCGAAGAGAGUUUGGCCGACCUGUUGGGUGAUAAAACAAUUUUGACCCAAGAGUCUGCUGCGAAUCCAGAUACCAGGGCACACAAAAUUACGCGUAAGCCAGGCCCGUCGCUCAAGCUCAACUCCUCACAAACCGAUGACGAGUUUUUGGACCAUCUGCUUGGAUGAUAUUUCAUGACGAUAUUCCAUGCGCCGAUCGACCUCAUCCGACGCGGACGCGAAAAAUAGUUACGUUUUUGCCCUACCGUGUCAAAGUCAUGGACAAGGCAGGUGCCGGUGAGCUGUUUUCCGACGAUCAGGAGAUGUUGGAAGCACUGAGAAGCUUUCUGGUCCGGAAAAACGCGCGAAUUCGACGACAGACAGGCGAGUUGCGCGGCGACCUGGUCGAGCAGGUGCGCCAGCAACGGCACGAGAUCAUCCAGUUGCGCAACAAGUGUCGCAUGCUGGAAGAGAAACUCAGGGCGUACGAUCAGGGCACCCCGAAACAUAACAUCGUUGUUUCUCCAAAGAAGAACCAACUGUCACCACUAAAAGCACAACAGCACUCGCCAACUUAUUCUGCGCUAUCUGGUACAGAAACCGAGGACUCGGAGUUCAGCACGCCACGAAAACUGCGAUUAGUUAGCACAGCGGCUCUGGUUUCGGUGAAUCCCGCAAAAGAUGAUUCCAUUCUUGACGACUGCGACGAAGAAUCACUAAAGGUGCUGAAACAGAGCAGCUCUCAGCAGCCGCGCGACAAAAUUCGGGAAAUGGCCGUGUUGGACCUGACCUGCCAUCCGGGCCGCAAAGGGAACUGGUGGCCGGAGGACUUUAAGCCGAACCCGGAAAUCAACUUUGGACAGAGAGAAGCGUUCACAUUGCGUCGAAUCAAUCCCAAAUACGCGCAUCCGGCGUUGCAGACACAGCACAAAUACCAACAGCAACAUCUAAAACAGGAGGCCAUGAAAGAAUUCAAUCGCCUGGCAGGACAGGUGGAGCCGGUGACGCCCGGGGUGAAGCUGGUGUGGAGCGCUAACGACACCGGGACGCUGCCCACUCCGCUAAAAACCCCCGACCAGGCCCUGAGCAACCCGAAAAUCGACCCGGUGUUUAAAUUCGAGAUCAACAAGUACAACUACAAAAACUUUGACCUCAACCUCAACAGUAACAAAAUCAAGCUCUGGCUCGAUCUGCAGGACUCGCCGCCGGGCCAUGAGCGGUCGGAAUUCCCGACGCCGUCGCAAUCGGAGGCAGACCGGCAGAAAAGCAUCAAACGGGCGAAACUGGUUGCCCUGCAAAGACUGUUCCAGACGGUUUUCAUGGUGCAACCAACAGACAAAUCGGGAACGUCGUACCAGCAGGUUGGCAAGUUUAUAUUCCGC